UGGCGCCAAUGUGUUGAACCGGUAAUUGACCGAUAUAUUAAUAAAGUGUUCACUUUAGAAUAAUUUAACAUUAAAAGCUUAGGUGUAACAUGUAUUUGCAUUGUUUACUAUAGCGUUUUCUAUUCUGCUUGAUCUUGUCAAAACGCAGAAUUAUGUUUAUAUCCCAAAAGUUUAUAGAUACUUAAAUACUCUGAUUGUUUAUGUUAAAAUCUUACGACGAUGGAUUUGUUAGAAACUUGUUGUACGCAACUAACAUCGACAAAGAUAACUGAUCGCAAACGUGGUCAAGUUAACUUAGAUGAUUUGCUAGAUAAAUCUAGUAUAAUUAAAAUGUUGAACAAUAAUGAAGGGCGGGUUACUUGGAAUGAUAUUGUGAGAUCAGUACAUUUACAUUUACUUAAGGAAUCAGAACUUCUAAAAAAGAAUCAAAAGAAAAGAACAAAUGAUGAUUUAUUAGUGACUGUUGUUCAGAAAGCAAAUAAAGGAAAACCUCGUGUAUCAGCAGUAAAUUUAAUUCAAUAUGUUCUGCAAUGUUUUGAAACACCUACAUUAAAAGAGUUCUAUUUUAAUACUUACAUAAGAAUUUUGAGACAUCACAUUCUCUCACAAUCAUAUUAUUUAGGACUUUUGGAUGAGGAUGUUUGGAUAACAAUUCUAAAUUUUUUAAAAACAUUAUCAUUACAAGAAAACUUUGAAGACACGAAAGUAAUUGAAUGUAUCAAAUUAAUAUUUAAACAUGGGCCACAAUACAAAUAUCCAGUUUUAAAUUAUCGCCAGCAUUUCGAAUACAUUACAAAAUUAUGUAAAAACCUUCAAAGAACUUUACCAAGUCGUUAUAAAGCGGAAGUCUUUCAAAUUGUGAUCGAUUUUUGUAAUUACACCGCCUCAGAUUGUUGUUUAUCUUGUUGUAAAUUGGGAGAAGAAAUUUUUUUUAAUUUGCAUCCACUUUAUCAAAGAAGGGUAGCCGAUGAUUGCAUUCGCGAGUUGUUAUUUCAGUUUUGUCUCUUACAAAUUAAGAUUCACCACCCGUAUGGAGCUUCAAGCAAUAAUGUUGAAGCAUAUGCUCAUGAUUGGGAUAGAUGGAAAAAACAAUUAAGAACGAUUUAUAUGAUUGUUGAAGAUGAACUUGUUCAUUAUUCAAAGAUGACAAUGACAAAAAUCCCAUUUUUGUAUCAAAGUGAUAAUAUUUUAGUUUUAUUAGCUAUUGCUGUUUGUAAACAGAUAUUUCUAAGUGAUGACGUAGAUAUAAACGUUUCAACCUCAAUGUUACUUGAUUCAACUACCAGUGAUAUUACUCAAUCAUCAAAGAGAUUAAGAUUAAAUAAUGUCGGAUUUGAUCAAUUUGUCUCGUCCUUACAGGAGUCAAAAAGUUAUCCAAGAGUUUUCGUUUUAACAGAACUUUUAAAAAUUCACCCUGAAGUGAUAAAUUUCGAUCAAUCCGCUGAUUUAUUAAAGAUUUUGGUAAAUAUGUACAAAGAAGUUAAAAAUGAGCAUGUUUAUGAUUGUUUUACAACUAUACUUGAUAUUCAAAGCAAAAAAUUUCCUGGUAAAAUAUCCGAAGUGGAAGAUAUUUGGAAUUUUAUUGCUGAUGAAAUUCUUAGAUCAUUGGGAAUUCAACAAAACGCUUCCUCAAUGCAUUCUUUGUUACAAUCCCUUAUUCACCAUGGAAAGAUAAAAGACCCAUCAGUAAUUUUUCAAACAUAUCUUUCUGGUUCAUUAAUAUUAGAAAAUUACACCUUAAAAACUUUGUUGGUUAUGAACAAAUAUUUUGGAAUUCCCGAUGUAAUCAACGGAGAACACUGUAAGAAGAAAUUAAUAAAUUGGAUAACAGAAUAUGAUCACACAAAAUCGAAAGUAUUUUCAGGUGAUCAAACUUUAUUCGCACAAACGUUGGUUUGUUUAUGUUUAAAACAAAGUCCAGAAUACAAAAUGAUAGAGUCCGAUCAUCACGAAAGAAAUUUUGAAGAUGUUUUUAUUCUAAAUGGAUUUCAAAAACUGAUAAAACCCGUCGAUAAACCAAACGAAUCUCAGGAACCUAUAUAUUCUAGUAUUCAUAAAGAUUUACUUAUGGAACUGAAAGGAUCCCUUCACCGCUUUUUAACAGAGUUUACUCAAAAAGAUUCCGAUUUAAAUUAUAUCCAAAACGCCAUAAAUGCUGUGAUAUUAGUUGGAUAUGUUAUUGUUGAGUUGAAUGUUUUAAAAAUUCAAUACAACAUUGAGAAUCUUUUGCAAGGAUUAGAAAUUGAACAAGUUUUUAUUACCAUAUGUCAAGGGUUAUGCCAUCAUUUUUCUGAUAAUAAUCUGAAUAGGAACAGAACGUUUAUUGAUACAUUAAAAGUUUUUAACAAAUUCCUCACAAAUAAAUUUGAUAAACUCGUCGCUAAAACGCUUAGAGGCUUCAUCAAAACGGAAUUGCUUAGUUGUAUUUUUGAAUUAGUUCUUGAUGAUGGUGCAUCAAUAAAUAUGGACGUGAGAGUUUUAAAUCUACUUAAUGAAAGAAAAGAAACGUUGAGGUGUAUUUUGCGUAAUUUUUCGAUGUAUGAUGAUAAUGGUAAUGCUACAGACGCUGAGGAAAAGACUAUUCUCAGUUUGUUGCAGUGCAAUUAUGAAGAUGAUGAUGGAGUAGAUUUGGCUAUGAGUAUUCUUGGUUCAAUUAAACAUUGUCAAGUGGGUCGACUUAGUGAAGAAAUGCUUCAGCCAAUUUUAGAAGUGAUGGCGUAUUUUUGGAAACAAAAAUCGAAAGAUUAUGAUGUUGCGCUAAAAAUAUUGGAUUCUUGUCAAAGUUUAGUUCAACAUAUGAGAAAUUGUACAUCCAAUGAUUUAAAUCAACAAUAUUUUGGAUUGUUGGCUAAUAUUUUUUGUCACCAAAAUAAAUACGGGUUUGAAGUUAGCAUAAAGCUUUUGGAGUGUUACCAAUUAAUUAUUGAGAAUAAACUUCAAAUAAACUAUAAAAAAUACACAAAUUGUUGUUUGUCACAACAUAUUUGUAACUUUUUAAAAUCUCAUUACCAUCUUGUACGAUUGAAAACGAUUGAUUGUUUAAUAUCGAUAUUCUCAAAAAGUAUCAAUGAACCAUCAAUAAAUUCCUUGCAAAAAUCGAUUUCUGACAUAAUCGAUUCUUCUAUACAAGAAGUUUUUGUGAUAACAGAAAAAUUAAAUGAAGAUAGCGUUAUUGAUGAGAACGUUUCAAGAACUUCCAGCGUUCUUCAUACAUAUUGCUCGUUAAUUUUUACAAAUUCUAUAUGGAGAACAAAAUUUUUGUACUCAUUAUUAUCUCUUAUUUUGGAUAAAAAGUUAGAUAUGAAUUUAUCUCAAAGAGCUUUAAAUUUGUUAGCGGAAGAUUUAAAUUAUAAAAGUAUAUACGAGUUUAUUGAUAAACAUAUUUCUUAUAUAUUAUCUCAAUGGUAUUUAAAUCGAAAAAGCUUGGAUACUUUUCCUUAUGGGUUAACUGGAUGUGAUUCUUAUCAAGAUUUCUGUAAGAAUUACAUGAAAGUAAUUGUACCAUUACAAUUAAAUGAGAAUAUUGAAGAGAUUUGUAAUGUAAUUGGAAAGAAUAAACGAGAGAUUUUCGAGAUAUGUUUUGUUGAACUUAUGGUUGGAUAUUUUUUUAAAGUUACCGCAAAAAAGUUUAAUGCCAAAGAAAUAGAAGCAGCAAAUAAAUUCUAUGCUCAAAUUGAAGAGGAAUUAUCAAAAACACAUCUUAAAGAAUUACUUAUCACUAAUAUUGAUAACGUUUUAAUUAGUAUUUUAUCUCGUGUUGUUGAUGACAAGAUAUUUAAAACGUGUUUUGACGUGGAAUAUGUUUUAGAAAUUAAUGAAUACCCUCGCAGUUGCAUUCCAGAAAUAUUAAAUGUUAUUUCUAAUAAAAUUGAAAUACAAGACUUCUUAACACAUUGCAUCUCUAAACAUCCAGAAAAGAUCCAAUCGAUUUUAUUAAAUUUAGCGAUGAAUGUUUACACAACAACUAGUACCCAACACAAAUUAAAAAGUUUACAUCAAUAUUUUGGGUUUAUUGAUAUGGUCAUUUCAAUAAUAAUUACUCCAAAUUGUGAAAUAGCAAAUUUUUUCAUAAGAAAUGUGCUUCAUACCCUACUCUAUUUCAUAGAAAUGAAAACCGGUGAAAUAAAGUUUAAUUCAGCAUCAACCGAUUACUUAAUAUCUUUUAUUAAAAAGAUUGUAUCUAAUUGUCACGAUAAAUUAGAACCUUUUUUUGAAAUAAUUGUGACUAAAUUGUUAACAUUAAACGAAGAGUUACCAGAUAAAUGUACAGAUGUAUUAAGGUUGUUGAUUGUUGAAAAUGAAAAAAUUUAUAAGGAUAUUAUCCCUAAUUUAGACCCUUUUCCUGAGACAGAUAAAUUAUUAGAUAUAAUCAGCGUUUAUAAGAGACUCCGAAUUGAAAAAUGGGGUACUUCUUUAUCUGGAGAGAUUCAACAUUUCUUAGACGCUGGCUCGUCAAUAAAUAUGUUCCGGUUGGAAGCCUUAAAACAACUCAAAAAGAAACUCUCUGAAAAUAAAUCUGAAUUAAAAGAAAUGUUUGAGGUAGCAAGCAAUGUUAGGGAUUUUUCGGAAGAAAAGCGAAAAAAUAAGUUAUAUCGCCUCGUUGGGUUACUUGUAAAAUUUAUUUCUUCUGAUAAUACAAGUGUUAGUAUUGAAUCAGCUCGUUGUUUGGGUGAAAUUGGAGUCUCAAACUUAGCAACUUUAAUUUUACAAUCGGAUGAUAUUUGUGUAGAAAAUUCUUCCUCUCCAAUUCAAUUAUUAACAUCGCAUUUAAUUAAGACUUUAUAUCAAAGUAUUAUUGAUCAAGAUAUUUAUGUUGUGCAACAUGCGAGUGUAGUUUUACAGAAAGCAUUAAGUACUAAAGAAGGAGUUAAUUUUAUGAAAACUGCUGCAGAUUUAAAAUCAUAUUUUUACCCUUUUUUAACAAAACAACAAAAAGCUUCGUCAGCAUUAUCAGAGGCUGACAAAAAAAUGAUGCAUGACAAUAACGUGGACGUAUCAAAUUCGUGGUGGUACACUGAUGAUAAUCAUAAAACUUGGCUAAUAGAACUUACUUGCGUAUUUCUCCGAUAUUUUUCAAAAACAAGUUAUUUACAAAGUUUAAUACCAUUAUGUAAAAUCAACAUUGCAAUAUGUGAAAAAAUUUUGCCAUAUUUAAUUUAUUUAUACGCCUCAAUAAAAGAUAGGAACUUAAGUACUUUAUCGAAACAAUUAAACUAUUUUCUAAAUAACGUUUGGGAGUUAAGUUUAAAUGAAAAAAAUAUUAAUACAAACAAAAUUUUAUCAACACAUUGUGUGUUGGAUGCAGUUUCGUUUUAUAAGACGCAAUCAAAGAAUUAUGACAUUGAUAACAUUCAAUUAGAUUAUUUAAAAUUAGCCCAAGCGGCGUUCUAUUCUUCAAGAUUUUUUGACUCAAUAUAUUACAUCGAGCUUUGGUGUCAAAGUAAAGCUGAAGAUAUCCCAAAGGCAAAGAAAUUUACUGGUUCUCCAUUAUCGUUAUUGGAUUUAGUAUGUGGCGCAGAAUCUUCUUCUAUUUGCCUAAUUGCCCAAAAUAUUUUACGACGAUCUUACAAUGAAAUAGGUGAAACAGACGCAUUAAACGGGUGUGGACACGCAUUUCUCCUUGACACCUCAACAAGAAUCGAGCACUACAAAGAAUUAAACCAAUGGGAACAAGUAACCCUUCAUUAUGAUACUUUAUUAUCACAGGGAAAUACAAAUAUAAAAAAUUACAUUUCUGAAUCACUUAUGAAUUGCGGUUAUUACGCUUUAGCUACCGAAUACCAUGAAGUAAAUAACUUAAAUUACGAUAUUUUAUGGCGAUUAGGUAGAUACGAUUGUGACACGAGACAAGAAAGCUCUAAUCCAUUCGAAAAGCAGAAAUAUAUCGCAUUAAAAUCGCUUUUCGAUCAAGAUCAGGACAUGUUCUCUAAUGCUAUUUACGAAGCUCGAUUAUCAGUGAUAAAAUCGUGCAAAGAAAACAAUUUGCAAACUACUAAAUCAUUGUAUGGGAUUUUAACCAAUUUACAAAUGCUACAAGAAUUAGAAGAUAUCGCGAAUAUGGGUUUUGAAGCAAGUAGAGUAAAAUUCGAGGAACAAGAUUCAAUACCUAAAGUUGAUUUUAAAUCAUACGAACCGAUUAAAGUGCAAAGAAUCGUUAUUUUAACUGAAUAUUUAAAAAAUAGGGAUCUUAGUACGAAAAUUGAUGUGGAAACGUGUAAAGAAUAUCUUGUUAAUUUAUAUUUAGACUUUGCAGCUUCAGCUAGAGAAGCAAAACAAUUUAAUAUUGCUAAACGGGCUAUAUCAUCAUUAUCGACAAUUAAUCCAUUAAAAGACGAAUAUAGAUAUAAAAAGGUUUUAGAAGAAGGAAAGAUUUGUUGGAAUAUGGGCGAUAAAAUCACUGCGCGUUAUUUAAUUCAUGAAUUGUUUAGUAAAAACGAUAAUAUUAGAUUAAACUUUUCUUCAAUGAAACUUUAUGGACAAUGGAUGGCUGAAUCUCAAUCAGAAAAUCCUCAAACAAUUUUAAACACUUACUUUUUAGAGCCUUUAAAACUAAUGAAAAGUAUUGAUAAAGAAAAGGAAGAUUUGGAAAAUAUAUUUGGCACAUAUUACGAUAUUGCAAGAUUUUCUGACUUGGAAUAUCAAAGAAUAAGAACUUACAUAAAAUCUGCCGAGUUUCAACGUAAAAUACAAAACAAAGAAAAAUCUCGAGAAACUGCAGAGAAAAUUCGUUUAAGCAGGAGUAUGGAAGAAGAUGAAAGGAAAGCAGCACACAUUUAUCUUAAACAAAGUAUGUUAGACGACGCUGAAAUCGAUAACACUUUAAAAGGAAAAGCCGUCUACUUAAAAUUAGCCAUAAAAUACUAUAUGAUAAAUUUACAAUACAGCGAUGUAAACAACACCCGAAUUUUUAGAGUAUUAUCACUUUGGUUGGAGAAUCGAACCAGUGAUGAUUUAAAAAAAUGCUUAGACGAGUAUGUUUCCAAGAUUCCAAGUUACAAAUUUGUUCCAAUUUUACCUCAACUCGUCCCUCAUUUAAGUAACAAUUCUAAAGAUGAUUUUGCUAAUCAUGUCUCAUCAAUAAUCGAACGUUGUGCAAAAGAUCAUCCCCACCACACUCUCCCCAUAUUAAUUUCUUUAUCUCAUUCAAAUAUGGAUGAUGAGUUUGUAAAAACCAACGCUUCCACAGAUUCAAAUGAAACGAGAGUUGAUGGUGCUCAAAAAUUAUUAAAUAAAUUUAAUUCAAACAAUUCCUUAAAGAAAAUCAUAAACGAGAUGGUAACUCUUUCAAAAGCGUUCAUGGAGCUUGCUUAUUUAGAUCCUGAUAAAUGCAAAUCCGCUCGCGGAAAAAAUGAAGGUCUUAAUAUCCCCGAAACGUCAAAAAUCGCCAAGAUUUCUAAUUUAUCUGAAAGUUAUUUACCAACAAUCACAGUUGAUAUCCGAAAAAAUUGCCAAUAUAAAGACAUAAUUUCUGUACAUUCAUUUAAAAAGCAAUUUGCUUUAGUUGGUGGAAUAAACAGACCAAAGAGUAUUUUGUGUCAAUGCAGCGACGGUAAAACACGACGGCUUUUGGUUAAAGGAAAAGACGAUUUGAGACAAGACGCCGUUAUGCAACAAGUUUUUACGAUUAUGAACGAUUUGUUUAGAAGCAAUAAUCACACGUCUAAGCUUUUGAUCAGAACAUAUAAGGUCGCCCCUCUAUCAAAACGUAGCGGAGUUAUAGAAUGGGUCGAAAAUAGUCAAGUUUUGUGUGAACACUUAUAUAAAUUACAUAACAAGUAUCGCCCGAAUGAUUGGAGUUGUGGAAAAUGUAGUAGUCAAAUGAAGAGCGCUCAUCUUAAAUCAAAUGAAGAAAAAUCAAUAGUUUUUAAAAGAGUUUGCGAAAAUUUAAUGCCUGUAAUGCAUAAAUUUUUCCAAGAAAAAUACCCAGACCCUAUCGUUUGGUACGAAAGAAGACGCGCAUUUACACAUAGUUUAGCUACGAAUAGUAUUUGUGGUUACAUUUUGGGAUUAGGAGAUAGACACGUGGGAAAUAUUCUUUUGGAUGAAAAUACAGCUGAAGUGAUUCACAUCGAUUUUGGCAUUGCUUUUGAACAAGGAAAGUUAUUACCUACUCCAGAAACUGUGCCAUUUAGAUUAACUAGAGAUUUAGAAGAUGGAAUGGGUGUUACUGGUGUUAAUGGAAUAUUUAGAAGAUCUUGUGAAAAAACUAUGGAAGUUUUACGACAUAAUUGGGAAACUAUAGUUAGCAUUUUAGAAGUUUUAUUAUAUGAUCCUUUGUAUGCUUGGACAAUCACACCAGCUGAAGCAUACAGUCGUCAACAUUACGACGAUUGUUCACCAAAAGGAGGUUCAAUGAAUUUUGGAAGUGAUAAUAAAGAAAACUUGAAUGUUACGGCAGAACGUGCUUUGUUGCGAUUACAUCAAAAGUUACAUGGAACGGAAGAAGGUGCGUCUGCCAGUGUUGAGGGCCAAGUUGAAAAGUUAAUUCAGCAGGCUCGUGACCAUUCAAAUUUACAUCGUUUGUACUAUGGUUGGCAAGCUUAUUUGUAAGAGUAGAUCACUAAAUGUUCUUUUGUGUUUAAAUAUUUUUGUAUUAGUUUAUACUAAAAACGUUAUAUUUUA